AUGAUCUUCUUUUUUUCCAAAACCCAGUCUCAGCACACCGUGAAGGACUCGGGCACAGCUGUACUGGGAGAAGUCCACGCCACGGGGGACGGCGCCUCCUUCAAGGGGGCGUGGGCUGGUCCUCGCUCAGGAAGCGGGCCUCUGGGUGACAAGAUGCUGAGCAGGGCUGGGGCUGACGGAGGGGAGGCCCGUCUUCUUCCGCCCGGAGAGAUGGGAAGGCCGGGGCUCCUCGCUCUGGAGAGGGGAACAACUGUCCAUCCACCCCAGGACACAGACAAAGGCCUCGUGGCUCCCAGCACGGCAGGCAGUGUGGACAUCAGCCUGUUUCCGGGGCUCCCAGCAGCCCCGAGUGUCCGGCAGGGAUGGGGGCCCGAGAUAUCCACAGGCGCAGAUGAGCCGGGACGCCCAGGGACGCUGGAGCAGGGAGCAGGCACGCAGCAAGCAGCGAGCACGGCCACCAGCACCAACUCUGCGGCCGCAGCAAACCCUGCAGGGCAGCCACCCCGCUCGGCCCCUGCUCCCCGGGGCCUGCAGGGCUCACCCUGCGGGCGGCGUCACCACGUCCAGGCCCAUGUGACCCGUGGUGCGGAGGGCUCAGCGUCGGGGCUGCAGGCAGUGGACCUGGAGCCCACAGGAGCCAGGGCGGGGUGCGCGGGCCGGGCUGGGGCCUCCCACUCCAACCGAGCUGCGAGGCCAGAACAGACACUGACCGAGCAGGACCCUCCCCGGGGCCUCCGCUGGGCCGGGGUUGGCCGGGACCAACUGCCCCGCAGGGGGCAGGAGCAGGACCCUGUCUGUGACCCCACUCCUCUGGUGCUCCCGCUGCCCCCGACCAGGGCCCUGGGUCUGGGGUCUGGACGCUGGUCCCUGGGAAGCGGGGCCUCCCAGAUCAGGGACGAUGAGGACCCAGUGUCCACCCUCAGCCUCCGCUUGCAGAACAGCCUGGAGGGUCCGGCAUCCUGGCCCGGGCCUGCGAGGAUCUGGGGGAUGGACAAGCCCCUGCCCUCCCCUCGGAGGCCGCGCCCCAGGCCGAGGCCCGCUCCGCUCCCACCCGGGGGUCCCGGGACCCGCCCCAACUGCACCGUCAGCGCAGACCCCGCUGACCGCCCAGGUGGUGGGCCGGGGGCCGCUGCGGCCCCCGCGCGGGGCGGUCCGGAGAUGGCGUGA